CAAUGUACCCGGGUACCAGUGAAAAGACUCCGACAAAAUGGCUGCCAAGUAUGGACGUGCAGAGUUUGUCGUGUGAAUCCCUCCUAUAGGGAAAUAUUUCUAAAGUACUUGAGAAACACUAAGGAAAUCCCUUACUAUUAAGGGUCUGAAAUUUGCUUCUAUGGACACUUCAAGUUCCAGGAAAAUGGAUCCUUGUGUCUUAAUAGAGACAGAAUACAUCAAGAAUCUUCAGAAACAAGUCUACCUCCUGGAGCUGGAGACCUCCUUCUUAAGGAACCAGGUCCGAAAAGCCACAAGCAACCAGCCGAGACUUGCGGCAGAAGCUGGACAGAUGAUUGCAGAACUAAAAGACUUGCAGUCUGAGAUUAACAGCAUGCAGGUGGAGCUGGGCAUGAAAGAGGCCACCAUCAGAGCACUGAAAGCAGAGGUGGAGUCCCAGCGAAGGCGCCUGCAGGAUAUCUCAGAUGCCAGUAUGAGAGAGAAGAGCGUCCUGGUGGAGGAUGUGACCCAACUAAAGAAGCUGGCAGAUGUUUCUGUACAAGAUCUUGCACAUAAAGAGGAGGAACAGAAGAGCAUUCUUCAUCAGUUGCACAGCACCAUUCACAGUGGGAAGGAGAAAGACCGAGACCUCCUCCUCCUGCAAACACAACUUCAGGAGCAGAGAAAGCAACAGGAAGGCGUGGAAGCACAGUUGGCGGAGAAAAGAUCGCAAUGCCUGUUAUCACAGGCCGCAGUACAUCAGCUAGAAGAACAGUAUUUAACCACUGCUCAGUCUGUUCAGGACCGCAUUGUAUCUGAGCUUCGCAAAGAGGCAGAAAAGUUACGGACUCAGGUGAAAGAAAGGCAACUUACGGCAGAUGAAGAUAAAUACCUGCGAAGCAAAAUGAUGGAAGAUUGUGCACGUCUUACCAAAGAAAAUGGCCACUGGCAAUCUAGAGUUCUGGAAGCUACCAAACAACUUGAAGAGGAACGACAACUCCGAGAACAAGAAAGCUUGAAUCGCACAAAAAGAAUUUCUGAGAUAACAUCAGGGAAGGAGAAGGAGAGACAUCUAGAACUGACCCUGUCACACUGGAGAAGACUUGUACACGAUGAGAAGGAAAAAGUUGCUGCAGCUCAGGAACAGGUGCUGCAGCUACAGCGAGGCAGGAAAUCUGGAGAGAUGACUGGAAGUUCACUGCACAAGCAGCUGACAGAUUUACAGAACAAACACUCCAAGGUUCAGCAGGAAAACUCCCUCUUGCGUGUAGAGAAGAACCAUUUGGUUGAGCACAUCUCUCGGCUACAUAAACAGAUUGCAGAGAAGAAUGAUGAAAUCCGGCGCAUGCAGGGUCAUGUGGACAGCUUGUGCUACGAUAUGGAUAGCCUGAAGCUCCGCCGAGAUAUGGAUGACUCUUCCGACAAAGAGGCCUGGCAGCAGCUCUCCAGCAUAAGUCACAAUGUAGAGAGAGUAGCAGCAUCCAUGAGCUUGAAUUAGUCACUCCAGUGAACACUUUUUAUAUACCCUUUUAUUGCGAGCAGUGAUUUCAGAUUAUUUUAUAUAUAUAUAUAGUAAAUGAACAUAUAUCGUACAUGUGGCAUCUUUCAAUCACAGUGUAUUUCACUGGAUAUUCAGUAUAUGGUAUUUUAUUUUUGGAAGAGAAAUGAUAUGUUCCAUUUUAGAUCGUAAUUCAGAAAUGACAUUUGGUGAUGAUUAUUUAGGUGAUGUAAGUUUAGCAUAUACACCAUAAAAGCUUAUCCAUAGGUUUUAGCCCAAUGAAGGCAAACAGAGUGUCUUUUGGCAUCCAUUUGGCUGAUAUACAUAUGUCGCAAAAAAAAAAGUGGGUGGAAUAGUGUAGAAGACUAUGGGGGAGAUUUAUCAUGAGGCGAAAAUUUGAAGUCAGUUUUGCUUGAGUCUGCGUUGGAGUACUUUAUGCCACAUUUGUCAAAGGUCUCAUGUUACUUGAUAAAUUUGUCUUAUCCUUAGACCUAACACAUUUGUCUAGAGAAGCUACUCCAUCCUCCUAAUGGAGUGAGAUCACGACUUUAAAAAAGUCCUUUUUUUGUGACUUUUUGAUGCCAGAAUUCUGGAGUUGAAGGUAUGAUAAAUCAGGGCCAAUAUUUCAUUCAACAGUAUACAGCAAAACAUUGUAUUCAGUAAAAGUGUGGUUUUUUUUUACAAUGGGACCCAAUAGAUGAUGAAUGCAACUGUAUACGUUGUGGAGAGACAAUUUGGAAGCCAUUUUAUUACGCUCAUGGGGUGUCGUUCCUGGGCCCUGGGUAACCCUGCUGUGAUUAAAGGGGUUUUGCAGACAUAGAUAUUUAGGAUACAUUGACUAAUUAUGCCAUAAAAGUCAGAACAUGGUGGCCUACCGCUAAUUUCCAUGGAAAGUGAUCAAGCGUUCAGGUCCACCUUUAUGCUAAAUGGAAAUGUGGCUAGGCACUGGAAUUAUGGGGGUCCUAACAAUCCUCAAACUAUAAUAGCAACUAAAUAUACCCCCAAUAUGCCAUAAAGGUCUAUGGGAGAGAACUAGAAGUCACUGUUAUGCUGUACGUGCAGUGGAUUUGUGUGAAAUUGACCUACUCCAUUGAUUGACAAUAGGACUCUCUUUAU